GAUGAGGGCACCCACCAAACAGAACCACCAUUCUGACGUCUCCUCUUUUCUCCUCUUGGAGGAUGGAUCUGCAAAGGAAGGAAUGAAGCCAAGAAGCAGCUAUGUCCUGCAGCCUCACUGUGGAACGACUAUUGGUUUGCCCUCAGUGCAGAAAGAUGACUUUCCUCCAUGAUGACUGCUACUUCCCCAACAGUUACAGGGGCCUCCACAGCUACCGGGGCUAUGACUACAGCGGCCCUUACAACUACAGGGGCUUUGGUGGCCUCUACGACUUUGGGGACCGCUAUGGCCAUGAUGGUCUGUACGGUCACUGGGGCUUCUAUGGCUCUAGGGACCUCUAUGGCUUUGGAGGUCUGAAUGGUGGCUAUAGGGGCCUGCAUGGAGACUGCUAUGGCUACCCAGGCUGGUACAGCAGCCGCUACGGUCACCACUUCGGUUCACGAUAUGGUCAACGCUACGGCCAUGGGGGCUGGUAAAACCCAGCAGGAAUGGUGCUGAUAUGUGAGGAUCAACCCCAGUCUGGAACGACGACGAAUCUCAGCAGCAUCUUCCUAAUGCACAGAGCCCAGUGACAGCAGCUUCCCUCUGCAGAGGCACUGAGGCUCUGCUCUGCUGCCCAAGUGCUCAAAAUGAAUGAUCUUUUCCUGCUCUGUUUGCUCUCUCACCUCCCAAACUCUCCUCUUCAUCCACUGCUGGAGCAAAAGCUUGCUUCCCCUCAACACCCAUUCUGUACAAACUCCAGAAAUGCUGCUGGAGUGCCUGGCUUUUGUGUUUGUUGCAGUGAUGUACAAAACAUAUUCUGAAUGAGUAGUACAGGCACGGUGUACCAUGCCUUGAGGAAUGUAGUCUUUCUAUUCUGGAAUAUAUCUGCCUUUCAUAUUAAAAUCUA